UGACUGUGUGUGAUGGGAGGAGCUACAGUGUUUAGAGUGGCUAGAGGCAGGCUGUAGUAAGACUCAGUGUCAGGGAGAGGGAGAGUGUGGACCUGCGGACUCAGCUGUCAUCUGUCGAGCUUCAAACUCUGUUGUUUCAGUGGAUUUUCUUCUGACACUUCCUGGAGAAGGAAUCAAUCUGUCUGUGUCACCUAAAGGAAACCUUUUUACAUCUGAAGGAAGGUUUUUCUUUCCCGGCUGAGUGGAACAGAGUAUCUCAUCUGAGACCCGAUGGUGCCGCAUACGCAUGGAGGCUGAUGGGUAGAGACUUUCAGUCUUCUUCUUUGGUCACGGAUCACCAUUCCAAACCAGCUUCAUCUUCUGCAAGCCGAAAGGAGUUCCCCUGCUUCACCACAGUGCAUAGGCCAUCCAUUCAAGGAGCCUGGAGCUGCAGGAAAAGAGGGAGCGAGAGGGAGAGAAAAUAAACACAGCUUAAAAAAGACACUCUUCAUGAAUUCCCCCAAAACCUGAAAGGCAAAUACUGCAAGUUGGCUGGCGGUCCUGAGGAGGCAUGUGGACAAAGAGUAUGGCUUGGCUCUGUCUUCCAGCCUACACUGUCCUCCUUGUUGGUUGCUUUCAUACAGCUUUCACAGAAAGCGAUGUCACUCCACGCCUCACCUUCUCCUACAAUGCGAAGGAGAGGACAACCAAAAGUUUCUCAGUCGAUGGAGUCGUCAACUUCACCUCUCUCCUCCUCAGUACCGAAGACAACACACUGUAUGUCGGUGCUCGGGAGAUUCUCUUUGCUCUCAACCUCACUGAUAUCAGUGCAGUCAAGCUACAAAGAAACCUCACGUGGAAAACUCCUGUGAAGAAGAGAGACGAGUGCAGUUUCAAAGGCAAAGACCUGCAGACGGAUUGCUUCAACUACAUCAAGAUUUUACUACGAAUAAACAGCACUCAUCUGUACGUGUGUGGAACAUACGCCUUCAGCCCCACCUGUGCUUACAUAAACACUGCAGACUUCUCCCUUGUCAAGAGUGAUACGGGUGAGAUUGUUACGGAAGAUGGACGGAGCCGCUGCCCGUUUAACCCUGAAUACAAGUCCACUGCCAUCAUGGCUGAUGGAGAGCUGUAUGCUGGUACAGUCAGUAAUUUCCAAGGAAAUGAACCCAUCAUAUACAAGAGUCUAAGCCAAGGAACUGCUCUAAAAACAGAAAACUCACUCAACUGGCUGCAAGACCCGGCCUUUGUUGGCUCUGCCUACAUACAGGAGAGCCUGCCCAAGGGCAACCCAGUGGGCGAUGACGAUAAGAUUUACUUCUUCUUCAGUGAAGCAGGAAAGGAGUUUGAUUUCUUUGACAACACCAUUGUGUCACGCAUUGCUCGUGUGUGUAAGGGUGACUUGGGAGGAGAGAGGGUUCUGCAGAAGAAAUGGACGACCUUCCUGAAGGCUCAACUCUUGUGCUCUCUGCCUGAUGAUGGCUUCCCCUUCAACAUAAUCCAAGAUAUGUUUGUGCUGACACCCAGCCCAGAGGACUGGAAGAACACUGUGUUUUAUGGAGUCUUCACGUCUCAGUGGUAUAAAGGUGCUUCAGGAAGCUCUGCAGUGUGUUCCUUCACUAUGGACCAGGUGGAAAAGGCGUUCAGCGGGCGAUACCGUGAGGUCAACCGAGAGACCCAACAGUGGUACACAUACAAUCAUCCAGUCCCAGAGCCUCGGCCUGGAGUGUGUAUCACAAAUGCUGCCAGGGAAGAGGGCAUCUCCUCCUCGCUGCACAUGCCAGACAAGGUGCUAAAUUUCGUCAAAGACCACUUUCUGAUGGACAGUGUGAUCCGCAGCCAGCCUCUUCUGCUGAAACGUAAUGUGCGCUACACGCAGAUCGCUGUCCAUCGAGUCCAGAUAGCAAAAAAGGCGUAUAAUGUGCUCUUCAUUGGCACAGAUGAUGGGAGACUUCAUAAAGCCAUUAAUGUCAAUAACAAGAUGCACAUCAUUGAGGAGAUGGCAGUCUUCCCCGAUUCCCGACCAGUGCAACACAUUGAGCUGGACACUGAAAAGGGUCAGCUUUAUGUUUCCUCUUUCUCUGAACUGGUGGAGGUCCCAGUAGCCAACUGCACUAAUUAUCAGAGUUGCGGGGAAUGCAUCCUCUCCAGGGAUCCUUACUGUGGCUGGAACGGGAGGCAGUGUGUGGAUGUCAGAAAGGCUCCACCAAAAAAUGCCUGGCAGCAGGAUGUAGAUGAAGCAGACACAUCAGUUAUAUGCAACAAGACAGUGCCAAGCCCACGGUUUGCUAAACCUCCACCUACACGAAUGUCAUCAUGCCAGGUGAUCAUUAUCCCGGCCAACACGUUCAAAGUACUCCCCUGCAAGCUGCGCUCUAAUUUGGCUGAAAGGAAGUGGGAAUUCAGUGAGAGCGCAGGUCAUUUCCAUUACCCCAGCCCAGAGGGGGGGUUAGUAGUGGUAGCUCAAGCUGACAGGCAGGAAACCUAUGAGUGUUGGUCAGUGGAGGAAGGCUUCAGACAGCUGCUUGCUAACUACUGCGUGAGGGGCGAGGCCAAGCAAGAGAGCACCACCCUGACAGGCCGCUCACGUAGGCCACAGAUCUCCCAGGAGGAGUUUGUCAUCCUGCCAUCCUCACCGCAGAUCAACACUAAGACAUACUGGAACGAGCUGAUAGUGGUGUGUGCCCUCCUGGCAUUUUCCCUGGUGGUCUUCUCUCUAUUUGUGGUCUACAGGAACCGCGACCACAUGAAGUCCAUGCUCAAGGAGGGAGAGUGCCCCAAUAUGCAGCAGAAGAAGCCCAGAAUAGUGGGGAAACCGGCGGAGAACUUGCCUCUAAACGGCAACACAGUCACAGCGUCGGCGUCCGAUCACAAGGGCUACCAGACCCUUAACGACAACUACAUCUGCAGCACUCCACCGCACGAGUGCUCGUCGCCCGACAACAGCAAGAGCUUCUCAGAGUCGGAGAAGAGGCCUCUGAACUUGAAGGAGAGCAGAGUAGAGAUUUCUCCCACAUGCCCACGACCACGAGUCAGACUGGGCUCUGAGAUUAAAGACUCUAUAGUGUGAGGCCAGCUUCAUAUUGUGUGGAGUGACUCAUUUUAAACUGAAGGAAAGAGUGUACUUGCUGAGAGACAAAACCCCUUAAGAGGGAAAACUGAGGAUCAUCAGACUCUUCGUGGAGAGAUAUUUCAUUACACAGAUUUUGCACUUUGACUUUUUUUGUUCUGUCCCUGUGGUCCAUGUUCAUUUCAACUGAUUUUCCUCUCACUCCCCCUUAUACAAGUGCAUUCGAAGCACGCUGAAGAAGUUCCAGUUUGCCUUCAGACUUUUGACGCUUUCACAUACGGCUCACAGGAAUGUAACAAGCGUAAGGGUGGUGUCGCAACUAUGAUUCAGUGAUUGAAUUUCAUCGCAUUGCCACUCAGUCCGUCCAUAUAAUCUUCUGGUAAUGCUUUGAAAGGCAGAGUGAUAUUCAAACAUGUUCCCACUAACGGCUUACAGUGCUGUUUUAUUUCAUUCUGUCAUUUGGUAAAAGCCUGCCCUUCGCUGAGGCUAUGCACUAUGUACUGUACUGUAGCAAGGUAAACACUCACACCACAAUAUACACAUAUUCAUACAAUUCAGUGGCAGGCAAGAAAGAAAAAAAAACAAAUCCUGUCAUAGAUUUUUUUUUUAGAUAGCCAGUGUGCAUUCACAGAAGUAUACUCAUUGUUUAGGCUUGAAUAUAACACAGCAACAGAGAAAGAAUUAAGAAAAGAAGAGACUGAAAAGGUUAUUAAAAAAUAUUAUUUAUAAAGAAAAGACAAAAAAGGAAUCACCUCAGUGGAAAUGUUGUAGAAACUCUUAACACCUCAAUCACUACACACCAAAAACAAGAAUAUUAUAUAGUCAUAACUGAAGACACAUUACGCUUUUUUUUUUAAAGUAUUGGUAUUAUUAGUGGUUAGAAAUAUUCCUUUGUGGAAGCCUGACUUUCAACAGGGUUUUCUUUCACCAAAUGUGAUAAAGGGAAAAGUCUCAUUCCAGGUAUUAUCAUGCUGUUCUUCAUGAGAUAGGCAGACUAUGCAAAGCAAAUAAUGUGAAGUGAGGUAAACACUGAGAAAACCUCACCUCGAGACUGAGUAAGCACAAAGGUGUUGGCGCUGUUAAUUACUUUAGGAUCAGUGGCACUGCAAACACACACCCACACAAACACACACUCACUCUCAUUACACUAACUCUAAGUAUGCAAGAGAUUUUAGCCAUUUUAGUGUAUUUUAGUACAGACGGUUGGCCAAAUGUUUCUUUGACGGAGAGACAUUUUUCAUGGUCAUUCUUAAAUGUUAAACAAAUAUCUAUCACUAUUGUCAAAGGGAAAUAAUAUCAAAUAUUUAAAUAUUACACCUAUUCAUAAUCAGAUUUAAAUAACACAUCCGUAUAGCCUCAACUUUGAUAUACACAUUAAUUGAUGAGUGUUAAUGAAUGAAAGAAAAUGCCCUCUGCUUGCUUAAAUGGUUUUAAAGGCAACCAUAAAGGCAAUAAUCUUCAUCCUCAUCCAGUAUAGUCAUUUUAAUUAUCUUGAUUAGCCAUUUCCUUAUUCAGAAAUAAUGAAUUAUUAACCAUAUGAUGCACCAAAUCCGUGAGUCAGAUGUUGGAGUAACUUGAAAGCAUUUUUUAUACAAUAUUAUUUACUUGAGUAUUGUAAUGCGGCCAGCAAAAUUAAAAUUUCACAAAAAUGCAGGAAGGCAUACUGCUUGACUCAGAAUGCAUAGGAUUUGCACAUGAUGUUGAAAAGCCUUAGAAUAAUGCAGGUUAUGGAUUUGAUAACAAAUCUGAAACGGAUAAUGCCUUCAGAGACAAUAAUCAAGAGAUGUGCCUCUUGGGAUAAUAAACUAACCAGGUAGUUGUACUGUCGAGUCAAAUGCUACACUGUAGGUGUGACAGGACUGGCCAUGCUCAGAAACAAGAGUGAAGACGUUGAGUACAUGUGAUGUAAUACUGUCAAAGUUGUACAGUAUGUGGUCAUGAGGUGAUUUUUUAAUUUUAUUUUUUUGCGUCACGGUGGCUUCAACCUUAGUCAGGGACUAAAUUUUAUUCUAAAACUGUAGCACAUGAAUAACCACUGGCUGAUUUUAAAAUACUGAAUUAUAGAUAAGCAUUAGUAUUAUGUUACAUUUCUUGUAGAUGGCACUGCAAAAAUAACUGUGUGAAUUUCAAAGACUGGUCGGCUAUAAUCAAUCAUGCAGUAUGAAAGAUUCAUGCUUUGACUGUUAUUAAAAACGAACAAAUGGCAGCUUUUGGUGAAGUGGCUGUCAUCAGAACAAUAUUAUAUUGCAGGACAAGUAUCAAGUGGCAGUUAUUUAGUAAAAUAUGUGCAGGUACUGAACAUGCUUUUAUUUGAAUACAAGCCUGAAUUAUUAAUGCCACAGUGAAAGUUUUGUCGUCUGCUCUCUCUUAAUAAACCACUAUAGUCUGGCCUUCUAUUUGUGACAGUACAAGUCGCUCAGACUCUUGUCAACAUGUAAGUAAAAAAGAGUUUUUAUGUAAAAUUGUUUUGUAAAUUCAGCUGCCAAUGUAAAAAUAUUGUGAAUUGUAUUUUUUUGUAUCAUACAUCACUACUGUUUGUUUUUUCCUUUUUGUAUUGUAUAUAAAAAGCACUUUAUUUUAAUUUUUCAAAUAAAAAUCAAAUGGAUAAUUUUU